AUGGUCGGCUCCAUUGUGCGAAGCCUCUUUUCGCCCGCCGCCCGUCGGCCUCUCCUCUCCGCCACCAGCUCUCUCCUCCCACCCACCCGCAUCCUCCUCACCAAGCCGACGACACCCUCGCCCAUCCCAACCGCCGCCGCCGCUGCGUUUUCCACCACCGCCCCUCGCCCCGCCACGCUGAACCAGGUCCUGCGCGGCAUCCGCAAGGGCAAGCGCGCGCGCCACGCCGUCUCCCCCGCGCUCGCCAAUACAAGCUCUCCCGCGCUCAAGGGCGUGUGCCUGCGCGUCGGCGUCGUGCGCCCCAAGAAGCCCAACUCGGGCGAGCGCAAGACGGCGCGCGUCAAGCUCUCGAGCGGCGCCGUCAUCACCGCCUACAUCCCCGGCGAGGGGCACAACAUCCAGCAGCACAGCGUCGUGCUGGUGCGCGGCGGCCGCGCGCAGGACUGCCCCGGCGUGCGGUACCAUCUCGUUCGCGGAGCGCUGGAUCUGGCUGGUGUUGGUACCCGCGCGACGAGUCGAAGCAAGUACGGCACAAAGAAGCCGAAAAAAGCCACCAUUGGUUAA